AUGGGUUCAGAAGGAUCCAGCGUCGUUGUUCCUAGGAAUUUCAGAUUAUUGGAAGAGCUUGAGCGAGGGGAGAAGGGAAUUGGAGAUGGGACUGUUAGUUAUGGAAUGGAUGAUGCUGAUGAUAUAUUCAUGCAGUCAUGGACUGGUACUAUUAUUGGCCCCCCUGGUACUGUUCAUGAAGGUCGUAUCUACCAAUUGAAACUGUUCUGUGGCAAGGAUUAUCCAGACAAUCCACCAUCUGUUAGAUUUCAGACAAGGAUUAACAUGACUUGCGUUAAUCAAGAAUCUGGAGCGGUUGAGCCAAAUUUGUUUCCCAUGCUUUCUAAUUGGAAAAGAGAGUCUACAAUGGAAGAUAUUUUACUGCAAUUGAAGAAAGAAAUGAUGUCUCCACAAAAUCGGAAGCUAGCUCAGCCUCCUGAAGGCAAUGAAGAUGGAAGGAUUGACCAAAAGGGGCUGGUGCUGAGAUGUUGUAUUGUGUAA